AUGUUGGAAGCCAUAGACAACAAAAAUCUAACGGCACUAAUUUUAUUGGAUUUAUCCAAGGCAUUUGACAGUAUCAGUCAUUCGAUUUUAUUACACAAAUUGAGUUGUAUCGGUGCUUCACCCGAAGCUGUUAAAUGGUUCCAAGACUAUUUAACAGGCAGAUCCCAAUACGUGCGCAUUGGAUCCACCAAGUCAUCAGCUCGCCCGAUAACCCAUGGCGUUCCACAAGGUGCAAUACUAUCACCACUUCUGUUUUGCAUCUAUAUUAAUGAUCUGCCAGGGAGCAUACAAUCGUGUAACCUUGAUUCAUACGUAGACGACUCAAAGCUUUACAAAUCAUUCUGCAUCUACGACUUGGAACAGACAACUAUCUAUUUAGAGGCAGAUCUACAAAUAGCAGCCAAGUGGUGUUUGGAGCACCAAUUACUGAUCAAUCCAGAAAAAACUAAAUUCCUUGUAGUCGGUUCAAGACCCAUGCUGCAGAACGUACCUACAGAAAUAUCGCUAACAUUUUUAGGAAAGACUAUAAGACCUGUUUUAUUAGCUAAAGAUUUGGGAAUCAAUUUGGAUUCGUACCUAUCCUACGACGACCACAUAUCUAAACUCGUUUCGUCGUGUAUGAGAAAAUUAUGUCAAAUAAAUCGCGUGAAGGAUAGUUUCGAUAAUGAAACAUUAAAAUUGGUCAUUGAGACACUUGUAAUUAACAAGCUUCUGUACUGCUCUACGGUGUGGUCCAACACGUCAUCUAACAAUAUCAAUAAACUUCAAUCAGUGCAGAUUGCAGAACUUCGCGUGCAGAGUUAUAUCAGGGUAGGAAAGUUCGAUCACAUAACUCCGGCGUUGCGCGAACUAAAUUGGUUGCCAGUGGAAAAGUUAUUAUUGGAAAGGGAUACUGUAAUGGCUUACAAGUGUUUUAAUGGACUUGCACCUGACUACCUAGUAGAUAAAUUUAUAAAGCGUUCCGACAUACAUGAUCGAUCGACAAGAAAUCAUGAUCUCUUGGACAUCCCUCUGUAUAAAUCUGCUGCAG